AUGGAAGCUUUGGCAAUUUCACAUUACAUUCCUUCCAAAGAGAGAUAUCCUAACAACACACGCUUAUGCUCUCUUCUCCAUCUAAUUCCUACUACGACUAGAAAAAAAAAGAAAGAACAAAACCAAUCACUGGGUUCUUACCAAAUAUUACCGUCGGCGCCAGUGGCGGAGAACGAGAAGAGAACGGAGGAGCAUGUGCAGUCGUUGAAAGAUCUGAUUCCGUUCCGUUAUCCAGCUGGGACCGAGACGCCUCCGUUCGAGCAUAUGCCUAAUUCCGUUAAACGGAGUUACGUCAAGGUUAAAGAGCCUCUCUUUGAUCCGAUGACUUCUAGGCGUAUCUAUUGGCGGGAAGUACCUUCUGCUGAGGAUGAUCACGGCCAUGGUCAUGGAUGUUGCUUUUUCUUGAAGAGAAGCAUUCGAAGGAUGAUCAACAAGUGGUUUGGUACUCUUUUUGGAUUACCCAAGUUUGACGAGUUUUCAUUAUUGAACAGAAGGUACUUCCCGCCAAUAGAUACGCCUAGAAGUCAUCGGAUCAAAGAGAGGCUCUUUAACCUUGACGUAACUCCGUUUAACGGAAUUAGGCAUAUGCUCGAACGGAGGCGUCUCGGUCCCAGCUGGAUAACGGAACGGAAUCAGAUCUUUCAACGACUGCACAUGCUCCUCCGUUCUCUUCUCGUUCUCCGCCACUGGCGCCGACGGUAA